AUGUCUCAGAAGGAGAUACUUUCAAUCCAAAUAGAUUUGAGGAAAAUUCUGAUUGAGAAUUCCAAUCUCAAGUGUCAAAGCCAAGUUCCGAACAAACACCUCGUGUCGAAUGCCAACGGCUAUGGCGGCACGAUUGUGGAUUUGGGCACCGCCUAUACUAUCAUGAAGAAAGUGGUGUUUGAUCUAGUUGCGCAUGAGCUUAACAAGAAAUUAUUGGGAAAGAGGUGCAGUAGGUCAAAAAAGAUGGAAGCGUUGACUGGAUUGGGGCUGUGUUAUAAUGCUCCUCCCAAUGCUAGCAUUCUGAUUUACCAGCUUUAA